CGCUGUAAACACAUUGAAUUAUUUCCCCCUCCGAACGAGAAGACUUGCACAAUGCCGCGGGGUGGCGAGUACAGGCAGUGACACCCGCUCACAUUGGACAGACUUGGAAAAACACUUCGUGCUGUAUAAUUUUGACACGCUCCGCGACGCUGGAACUGAACUCCGAUCAAAACAUGGAGCUGCCCGACCAGCGUCCUGACCAACAGUGCUAACGGUGCACAGCUAGCUAACAGCCUGCUAGCUUAUCUCUGUCAUCUUGUUGUCUUGAAACUUGUAUUAUUGUUUACAUAGCUGACAGAUCCGAGAUUGUUACGGACGUUAAAAGGACGAGGAAAAAGUAUUUUUCUAGCGUAAGAUCCCGCUGUCUCUUUAGCCUGUCCUUUAGCAGCUGCUGUUAUUGCUGGAAGUGUAAACACAGUUAGCUAGCCAGGUUUAUUGUUGCUGAAUGGGGUGGAGUUUUCUUUAGUAUUGACACUGGCUAGAAUAACGUUGGCUAUCAGUUGCCAGUUUUGGAAGACUGUGUCAGACAAAAUGGUGUUAUGGAGUUUCUGGAAAUCUCGACAUAAAAACAGCUCCGGACCUGCACCUUGUUGGAUCCGAUCAGGACUGGCAGCCCUGCUCUGGCUGUGUGUGACCCAUUUAGCCUGCGUCAGUGAGGCGGUGGGGGAGACCAAAAAUGUGGUGCAGAAAGAUGCAGAGUUUGGUGUCACCUAUAAUGACACGGUUACAAGUGAAAACCAGACCAUCUAUGCUUUCAACCACACCGUCUCCAGGAACAAGACGGAGGGAGUGCGUGUGUCUGUGGAUGUGUUGUCACAGGGUUUGGAGAGUCCUAUCCUGUUUGUGGUACGACAGAAGCAAGCUGUGCUGUCUUUUCAAGUCCCUCUCAUACUGAGAGGCCUCUACCAGAGGAAGUACCCUUACAAUCAUGUGGGCCGGACGUUGUGCCAGCCUCCGACCCGGGCCGCCUCGGAGACCCAGUACUUCUUUGUGGAUGUGUCUACCCUGUCCAGCCAGGGUACAAACUACCAGCUCAGGAUCAGCCGUGUUGAAAGCUUCACCCUGCUGACAGACAAGAAAUUCAGCUUCACCGCAUCACCAUCCCAACCUCAGUACUUCAAGUAUGUCUUCCCAGAUGGGAUGGACACUGUGAUUGUCAAGGUCAACUCAGAGAUGACCUUCCCCUGCUCCGUUAUGUCCAUCCAGGACAUCCAGUGCCCUGUCUAUGACCUUGACAACAACGUGGCCUUCAUUGGGAUGUACCAGACUAUGACCAAAAAAGGCGCAAUCACUGUGCAGAGGAAGGAUUUUCCCAGCAACAGUUUCUAUGUGGUGGUAGUGGUAAAAACAGAGGACGAGGCGUGCGGCGGCCCGCUGCGCUUCUACCCUCUCCGUCCUGAUGAGCUGAUCGACGCCGGCAACCGCAGCAAGGUCCUCGAUGUGAUUGUCACUCCUGCUAUCAACUCGGAGGUGUAUGUGAUGGGCAUGCUGUUCUGCUUGGGCAUCUUCUUCUCGUUCUACCUGCUCACCUUUGUGGUGGCCUGUCUGGAGAACAAGCGAGGGAAUAAGAAGAGAGACGUGUUUGAGAAUCCAGCUGACAUGUCGCCUGCUGAGACAGCCUCUCUUCUCGGGAAGAACGGAGAUGGCAAGACUCCAGCCUCGCCAUAUGAAUAUGGCUCCUUUGCUGACAACGGCAGCACACUCAGUUCAGAGGCCAUCACCGACAGUGCCACAUCAACUGACAACAAUUAUGGAUACUUAGAGCGAUCGUUGGAGAGUGUUGGACGAAGCAGGCAGGAGUCUCUGAGCUCUGUGGAGGAGGAUGACUACGACACGCUGGACGACAUCAACUCAGACAAAAACAUUGUCCGCACCAAGAAAUUUCUAUAUGUGUCUGACCUGGCCCGCAAAGACAAGAGGAUCCUCAGCAAGAAAUACCAAAUCUACUUCUGGAACAUCGCUACUAUUGCUGUGUUCUAUGCCCUGCCAGUCGUCCAGCUGGUCAUCACCUAUCAGACGGUUGUCAAUGUUACAGGAAACCAAGACAUCUGCUUCUACAACUUCCUGUGUGCCCACCCGCUGGGCGCUCUAAGCGCGUUCAACAACAUCCUCAGCAACCUUGGUUACGUGAUGUUGGGGCUCCUCUUCCUCCUUAUCGUCCUCAAAAGAGACAUCGUCCACAAUCGAGCCCUGGUCCGCAACGAUGUCAACGCGCUGGAGUGUGGUAUCCCAAAGCACUUCGGUCUGUAUUAUGCGAUGGGAACUGCUCUGAUGAUGGAGGGCUUGCUCAGCGCCUGCUACCACGUCUGUCCCAACUACACCAACUUCCAGUUUGACACCUCCUUCAUGUACAUGAUUGCUGGACUGUGUGUGUUGAAGUUGUAUCAGAAGAGACACCCAGACAUCAACGCGAGUGCUUACACUGCCUACGCCUGCCUGGCUGCCGUCAUCUUCUUUUCUGUGCUGGGAGUGGUAUUUGGGAAAGGAAACACCGUCUUCUGGAUCGUUUUCUCAGUGAUCCACAUUCUGGCCACUCUCCUCCUGAGCACACAGCUGUACUACAUGGGCCGAUGGAGGCUGGACUCCGGGGUCCUGCGCAGGAUGGUGUACAUCAUCUACACAGACUGCAUCAGACAGUGCAGCGGACCCAUGUACAUAGACCGUAUGGUUCUGCUCGUAAUGGGGAACAUAGUCAACUGGUCUCUAGCUGCCUACGGCCUCAUAGAGAGACCUAACGACUUUGCCUCCUACCUUUUGGCCAUCGCCAUCUGCAACCUGCUGCUCUACUUUGCCUUUUACAUCAUUAUGAAGCUGCGGAGCGGUGAGAGAAUCCAGUGUCUGGCGUUAGUGUGCAUUCUGUUCACAGCCGUGGUGUGGGGUUUUGCGCUGUAUUUCUUUUUCCAGGGCCUUAGCACCUGGCAGAAAACUCCAGCAGAAUCUCGUGAGCACAACAGGGACUGCAUCUUGCUUUCAUUCUUUGACGACCACGACAUUUGGCACUUUCUCUCCUCCAUCGCCAUGUUUGGAUCCUUCCUGGUCCUCCUGACCAUGGACGACGACCUUGACACCGUCCAGAGAGACAAGAUCUUCGUCUUCUAGAUGUCAGAUCUUCUGUGAUGAGCUCAUCUGGCCCUCUCUGCCUUAUCGCCCUGGUCUCUCUUCAUUUGCGUCUGUCAUGUCCUAAAAAAAAGCACAUCCAGUAGCGCGUUUUCCCCCAGGCUGUACAGUGGGCGCCUCUCACAGCCAGUCAAGCCAGUCAGGAAAGGGCAGUAGCCCCUCCCUCCACCUGUAUGGACACAAAUGUGCCAGUUAAGAGCUGGGUCGACGUCGAGUGACGCUGAAGUGUUUUGUCUUCUCGCUGCCACCAUCGAUAUAACUGUUGUAAUCAAUGUUUACUUACUGCUGAUGAAGACAGUGUACGCACUUGCUAAAAAAAAAUUAACUUAUUUUAUACUGUCGACAUUAUAUUUCACCUGCAAGUCAACACUGCAUUUUGAAAUCUGUGUGUGUGCGUGUGUGCGUGCGCGUGCGUGUAUUGUGAGAACAUGAAUUCUGUCAAGUCUGUCAGUGGCCUUUAACGUUCUAAUCAUGUAAAUCGCAUACUGUGCUCUGAUUGGUCAGAUCUUCUAACCGUCCUUCUCAUAGGAGAAUAAUGAUUGUAUUACUGACUGCCCUCAAGUCUGAAUGCGAAAGGAUUUUUUUUUGUACUGUACAAAAACUGAUUUUAAUGUCAAACAUUGCAAUGAGCAGUUACUGAAUAAAAAGGUCUCAUUUUCAAAUAA